GUUCAGUGUCUCAAAUGACCUGAAAUACGAUGCCGAGAGGGACCUGAAGGAUAUCAAUGCGCCGAACCUCCCUGUCCAUGCUUUAAACAAGAUUAAAUAUGGUGACACGGCUACCUCGGAGGGGAUUUUAUUCGCCACUUAUUCCGCCUUGAUCGGAGAAAGCCAAGCGGGCGGCCAGCAUAGGACCAGGUUGAACCAGAUCCUGGAUUGGUGCAAGGACGAUUUUGAUGGUGUUAUUGUGUUCGACGAAUGCCACAAAGCCAAAAAUGCCAGCUCUACCAAGAUGGGCAAAGCAGUAUUGGACCUGCAGAAAAACCUGCCUCAAGCGAGGGUCGUCUACGCCAGUGCCACAGGUGCCUCUGAGCCAAAGAAUAUGAUUUACAUGAGUCGGCUGGGGAUAUGGGGAGAAGGCACCCCCUUUCGCUCCUUUGAGGACUUCCUCCAUGCCAUUGAAAAGAGAGGUGUUGGGGCUAUGGAGAUCGUUGCCAUGGAUAUGAAAGUGAAUGGGAUGUACAUCGCUCGACAGCUUAGCUUUUCUGGAGUCACGUUCCGGAUAGAAGAAAUCCCACUGGACGCGGCAUAUAAGGACGUGUACAACAAGGCAGCGAAGCUGUGGGCAAAAGCCCUGGUGGUUUUCCAAAAGGCUGCAGACCUCAUUGGCCUGGAGUCCCGGAAGUCUCUGUGGGGUCAGUUCUGGGGGGCUCACCAGCGCUUCUUCAAGUACCUCUGCAUUGCGGCCAAAGUCCGGCGUCUGGUGGAGCUGGCCCAGGAGGAGCUCGGCAAGGGCAAGUGCGUGGUGAUCGGGUUGCAGUCGACGGGAGAAGCCCGCACCCGGGAAGUUCUGGAUGAGAACGAGGGGCACCUGAACUGCUUCGUGUCGGCAGCUGAAGGCGUCUUCCUUUCACUAAUUCGGAAGCACUUUCCUUCAACCAAACGAAAAAGAGAAAGAGGAAGUAUCAUUAAAAGAAAACUGAAGCAGAGAGUCCGAGGCCUUAACAAAGUGAUGAAAACCGCCCAGGACCACUACAGCAGUAGCAACGACAUCAUCAAGAUCAGCUCGGAGAGCAGCACCGAUUCUGAGCCGGGUUUGGAGAGCGAUUUCAAUUCCUCUCCGGAGUCCCUCGUGGAAAUGGAAGACUUGGCCAGCAGAUACAAACCCUUCAAUGGCGCCAUGUGUAAUGAUCCAAUUGGUCUAUAUUGGCUGAGCCCCCAAAAGGAGAUGAACGGAUCAGGGACUCCAGAAUGCGUGGAGAACAUGAAGCAGGAACUGCUGUCUCAAGUGAAGGAAUUGGGCAAAGAGCUGCCUCUUAACACUCUGGACGAGCUGAUCGACUACUUUGGAGGCCCGGAAAAAGUAGCAGAGAUGACUGGUCGGAAGGGACGUGUCGUGCGGAGGCCUGGGGGCUCCGUGGUGUUUGAAUCGCGAGCUGAGCAAGGCCUUUCGAUCGACCACGUGAACCUCAAGGAAAAGGAGCGUUUCAUGAACGGAGACAAACUUGUAGCAAUAAUCUCAGAGGCCUCCAGCUCAGGGAUUUCACUCCAAGCAGACAGACGGGUAAAGAAUCAGAAACGGCGGGUCCAUAUGACUCUGGAAUUGCCCUGGAGUGCUGACCGAGCCAUACAGCAGUUUGGCCGCACCCACCGUUCCAACCAGGUGUCUGCUCCAGAGUACAUUUUCCUCAUCUCCGAACUGGCUGGCGAGCGGCGGUUUGCGUCUAUUGUGGCAAAACGCCUAGAAAGCCUUGGUGCCUUAACUCACGGUGACCGAAGAGCGACUGAAUCCCGGGACCUCAGCAAAUACAACUUUGAGAAUAAGUAUGGAAUCAAAGCCCUCGAUAAAGUCCUACGAACCAUCUUCCAGCAGACUGAGAGCAAAGUCCCCGUGCCAAAGAUCUAUCAGGAAGGAGAUGCGGCUUUUUUCAGCGAAAUGAAGCAGUCCCUCCUCUCCGUGGGAAUCUCUUGCAAGGAGAUGCGAUACGGCUUCAUGACCAUGGAGAAAGACUGUUCCAUCACCAAGUUCCUAAAUCGCAUGUUGGGCCUGGAGGUUGACAAACAGAAUCUGCUCUUCCAGUACUUCAAUGACACUUUCGACUACCUGAUUGAGCGGGACAAGAAAGAUGGCAAAUACGACAUGGGGAUUCUGGACUUGGCUCCGGGCAUCGAUGAAAUCUACGAGGAGAGCAAAGAGGUUUUCCUAACGCCAGGCCACCCACAAGAUGGCCAGGUGGUCUUUUACAAG